CGCGGCUUAUAUUUGGAUUUACGCAUUUUUUCUGGCGUUUUUGACUAUUUGAGGAAUGGGAUCUUUGCCGGAACUGUCGCCGAGAACUCCCGGGGUCUUAUUUUCCCAAUUGUGACCUGAAAAUCGUCCCGUUUUAUUCGUGUGUCCAUCUUGGUGCCUCGUCCCGUCCGCGCGUUCCUCACCUUUCUCCUCCCAUCCGUCGCAGCGCAUCUCUACUUGCAGCCGACUCCGAGGCGUCUUUCGUCUCAUGGAGAUCCGCAUCCGCACCGGACACUGACCACGAGUUUACGCCGUUUACCAGCGCGCCGCCGGCGGACACACACACACACACACACACGCAGCACGCCUGCUGUUUGUUGGAUGUGUUUUGUCCUUUCUGCGCCGCUGCGUGUGCGUCGUACCCUUCAGUCACAAUGCCGGUGAACGCGCUCCACCGCGGCGGCAUCGGGGCCCCGGGGUCCCUGAGCCCCGCGUCGCUGUCCCGCAGCCUGUCCCGCCUCAGGGAGUACCGGACCCGCACGAGGAUCAUGCUGGCUCUGGGGGUCUCUCAGAUGGUCCUGGGGAGUCUCAUCCUGGCCGUGAGCUUCGCGGCGCUGGCUCUCACCACGUCACCCAGGGUCCGGCAUUCGUGUCCCUUCUGGGCUGGUUUCUCUGUGCUGCUCUCUGGACUGAUUGGAGUGGUGUCAUGGAAGAGGCCGCUCUCUCUUGUGAUCACAUUCUUCAUGCUGCUGUCCGCUGUGUGUGUCAUGCUCAACCUGGCGGGCUCCAUCCUGUCCUGCCAGAACGCUCAGCUGGUCAACUCUCUGGAGGAGUGUCAGCUGUGCGGAUGUGUGUUCCCCCCUCCUCCCCCCCAGCUCAAGUUUGACAGCGAUGGAGUGUGUGUGUGCUGCGAGCUGCAGCAGCAGAGCACGAGCUGCAACAACCUGGGAGAGACGCUGAAGCUGAAUCCGCUGAGGGACUGCAACACCAUUCGCCUGCGGCUCAAGGAGCUGCUUUUCAGCGUGUGUGCCCUUAAUGUCAUCUCCACCAUUGUGUGUGCGCUGGCCACUGCAAUGUGCUGUAUGCAGAUGGUCUCGACUGAUGUGCUGCAGAUGUUCAUGCCGCACAGAGCGCGAGCUCUAAAUGCUGACUGCAUGACCCCCCACGGGACGAUCCUCCACCAAACACUGGACUUUGAUGAGUUCAUAGCUCCCAUUCCCCCACCACCAUACUACCCUCCAGAGUACACCUGCACCCCCUCAAUGGAUGGACAAAGAGGCCUUCAUCUGGACUUCCCCCAUUCUCCCUUCAGUGCCAUCUACGGGGUUCCUAUCAACAGUCCAGGGACGCUGUACCCGACUGACCUGCCUCCUCCCUAUGAGUCCGUGGUGGGACAGACCCCAGCCAGCCAGUUCGCCACCAGCAUGGAGCAGCAGGCCACUCAAUCCAGUCUGUGUGAGAGAAUCACCACUGCAGGAUUCAGCACUCAGGCCUCGGUGGACAGCGCGUCACUGAUGGUGUCUGAGGUGGCUGAUCAGGACCAGACUUGCUCUUCGGAGGACCUGUGCUCCCUGGAGGUCCAGGGCUCUGACUCCUCUCCCUACGGCCUGCGCCGCGCCGCUCCCAUCGACGGCAGCUGCAACAGCCUGGAACUCUGCGCACGUGACCAUCGUGGGCUGCCCAACACUGGCGCUCGCCCGGGCGAUACGGGUCACAGUGAGUCCUCGCACACACAGGACUCUCUGGAGCGCUCUCCCGACUGGUCCUCUGAAAACUUCAGCAAUCCGGACCAGGAGGAUCCAACGGACAACGCGCACGCAUGCGGGGAGCUGCGGCCUGCCAUGCACAUGUGUGACGAGCUCGCGUCGGCCAAACACUUCACAGAGGAGCCACCCAAGGCGUCGACGCACUCCCUCAUCAAGGCGCGGAUGAUGAGCCGGAAGCUAACGCUCCCCGUUACUCUUCCCCCGCCACCUCAGCCGUGCUCCCCCACCUCCGUCGCCUCGUCCGGUGGAACUUACGGCACGAGUCCUAUGGCUCCCUCCCCUUCCCCUUCCCCUCCCAGCAGGCCACGAGGCCCCAGGCUGUGUUUCAGCGUUUGGUCUCCAUCCUCCGCGUCGCAGCCCCCCUCUACCUCAGCCCAAAGUGGGCCCUCGCCAUCGGAGAAGCCUCGGGCCCUCCGGGCAGCCAGGAGAUAUCGCAAACUGGCCCGCAUAGUCCGUUCUACCAGUGACCCGAUCUCCUGCACCUCCACCACAGGAAGAGAAAAUUGUGGCUGCACCUCUGCGAAUAUCUCUGUUGCUGAAGAUUCAACUCACACAUCACCAGAGCAAGAGCCGGCAGACGUUACUUCUGGGGUAGUUGGAAGUAAACCCAGUCACAUAAGUCUCAGGAAGCAGCCCAAAGAGGGCAGGAAAGUUGACAUCCACCUCAAACCGCGCGCCCUGCACACGCACUCCCACUCCCACGAACGCCCACACUCCCUGGCUGACUUCAAGAUGUACAAAGACACCAAAGUACUGGUGGCCAAGUUCCUGGAGCAUUCGAGCUGCAGUCUACCUCCUGAUGUCCAGCAGGUCGUCAACAACAUCAAGUGUGUCAUCAAGUCGGAUGAGAAACACAUGGAGGAGGCCAUUUUUAGUGCCAAUGUCAUAGAUCAGGUGAUGACCCAGCGCGGCGCCGGCAGCCCCAGGAAGCGCGGCCACGAGGACCUCCACCUCCAGAGCUGCGGUGCUUUGAGUUCCCCAUCCAUGCGCCGUCCAAAGCACCUCCCGCAAACAACCAGCACCUCCACCCAUCCACUGGACUCGCCCUCCCCCGAACAAAGCCUUGAGUGCAAAGAAACUGUUCUCUGACCACUCUCCCAACGAGGACUUGAUUCAAAACUCUGAGGUUAUUUCAGGAUGCUGGUGUUGCAGCCCCCCCGUGUGCUGUGCAGCAGAUGUCUGUGGAGUAAUGAACAACUCUCCCAGCAUUAAAGGAUCAUUUAUUCUGAAAGUGUGACUGCAGCACAGGCAAACUGAAAUGGCCACUCGCUGUAUCUCCUUGUGCCCCGUGAGAACGUGCCAAGUCAUCAGCAGAAAUGGUAGCAAAUUCAGACUGAGCCUGCCGGUGUCUGUAGUGGCUUGUUUCUCAUCAGAAAAAUCAAAAGAAUGUUUCUCCCUCAGGGGAUCUUUUUUACGAGUAUCACCUCUUGGAAAAAAAAAAUAAACAAAAAGUUGGUAAGUUUGGAUUUGUAACUCAAAGACAAAGGAGAUUGUUAUCAAUAUUCCUAAGAAAUAUGUUUGUAUUAAACUGUGAGGCGAAAGGAGGGCGUUACUAGCCAUUGUUUGCGGGCGUUUUGGCAUUGUUACUGAUUGGUGAAUAUUUUGUGGUGUCGCUGGUUCAAGAACAUGACAGAUGUGGAUUAUUUAACUUACCUCAUUGUGUUACAUUGUGUUCAGUGUUACAAUAAAAUACAAGUUUGUAUCUUGCGAUUUUUGUUCACACUUCAGUGAAUAUUUUUGGAUCAUGUGUCGGUUUUAUGUGUUAGCAAUUUGAACACCCAGUCAGAUCGAACGGGACUGGCCAAAAUAAUAAAAACAGGAAAAUACAACAGCCUUUCCUUGAAUAUCAAUUUGGUAAAACUAUAUUGUAUUUUUUCAUUCAAGAGAGAGGUAUUAAUACUAAAUGGAAGCCGUGACCGUGUGUGGACUAGUGACUCUGUGCGUGAGGGUGUUUUCGUCUGUGGACAUAUUUUGAUUAUGGAAUUGUACAAUGCAGUCUUGAAACAUUACAGGUGCGUGAACAAAAUAUGUUUGAAGAUGGACGUAGUCUGAACAAGGGUGCAGUUAGGGGGUGGAAGUGAAGAGGGGUCAUUGGCCCCUGAUGUGAUCCCAUCGCAAGUUGGUCUCAAGUUAUUUAUUUUUAUUUUAUUUAAAAAAUCUGAAGUAAUUAUCUUAACGAUAUUCAAUGCAUGAAAAUGGUUUGGAUUUAGAUUACAGGUCCCCUAAAUGUCUGUCCCAUUAACAUUGACAGAGUCAUUACUCAAAUACAAAAAUAAAUUGAACCUUCAUUUGAUUUCAA